AUGGCUUCAUUGAGAUCACUGAACCGCUCCUUACGAAAUGCCCAAGCUGGAGCCAUAGAUCCGAUGCAAGUUGAUGCACCUCCUGAGGAAAAUGACAACAACGAAGAAGAAUUGUAUGAAGUGGACAUUGAUUCAUUUGAUCUUGACACAUAUGCCAAUAGUUACAUUGGAUUAGCUCGCAUUUACAGGCUUAUGUAUAUAGCUGACCAUUGUCCAAGAUUGCGAUCCGACGCAUUACGUCUGGCCAUUUCACAUGUUAUUACUACAAUGAAUGCUAAUCUGUAUCAAGUGCUACAUCAUAAACUUCAACAAUGCCAUGGAAUUAUAUUACCCGAUGUCACUGGAGCUAAUCCGGUAGAUACAGGACUUCCAGUGUUCAAUGCUGUUUGGGUAGAAACUACAACUCAAAAAUCAGCAAUGAAACUUGAAAAGCUAGAUGGAGAUCUUAAGAACUAUAAAAGUAAUUCGAUUAAGGAAAGCAUUCGUCGUGGUCAUAAUGAAAUUGGUGACCAUUAUGUCAAUUGUGGAGACCUCAUUGAAGCAACUAAAAGUUAUUCCAAGGCUCGAGAUUAUUGUACUAGUUCCUCUCAUGUCAUAUCAAUGUGUCUUAACAUAAUAAAAGUAGGAAUUUAUCUGCAAAAUUGGUCACAUGUUAUCAAUUACAUAAUUAAAGCUGAAUCUACUCCGGACUAUAUGGAAAAUUCUGAACUCCAGACCACAUACAGUUCUACACUUAAAUGCAUGACAGGCUUAGCUGAACUUGCGGGUCGUAAAUACAAAUUAGCUGCUCAAAAUUUCUUGAAAACCAAUCUUGAUUAUUGGGAUUCUUGUGACGUAAUGACACCUAAUGAUAUUGCUAUUUAUGGAGGACUUUGUGCAUUAGCUACUUUUAACCGUUUAGAACUUCAAAAUAACGUAAUUUGCAACAACUCAUUCAAAUUAUUCCUUGAACUGGAACCUGAAGUACGUGAUGCGAUUUUCAAGUUUUAUGAGUCCAAAUAUGAAGUCUGUUUAACAAUUUUGAACAAAAUAAAACCAAUUUUACUUCUUGAUAUGUACAUUGGAUCUCAUAUAAACCAGCUCUACUCUAAUAUAAGAAGCAAAGCAAUGAUUCAAUAUUUCUGUCCAUACGACUCUGCUGACUUAAGAAAAAUGGCAUUAUGUUUCAAUACUCCUUUGCCUGAUUUAGAGAAUGAACUUAUGCAACUAAUUUUGGAUGGUCACAUCAAGGCUCGUAUUGACUCCAUUAAUAAAAUCCUUUACGCUAAGCAUCCAAAUCAAAGAGUAGAAACAUUUGAGAAAGCUAUGUCAAUGGCUCAACAAUACAGUAGAUAUAUGCACAUUUUAGUACUGAAAAGUCAAAUGAUCAAACACCAGUUGAAUUCAAAACACGGUAAAGUUGAACGUCUUAACAAUAUUGGGAAAACUAUAAAUGUAGAUUUUGUAAAAAUAUCUGGAUAA